UUUGCAAGCGACACCGACAGUGAUUACACUUCCUACUGGAGAGACUGGUUCAUCAGCUCCCGCGGCAACGAGUACUUUUGCGAAAUCGACGAGGACUACCUCACCGACCGCUUCAAUCUGACCGGCCUCAACACCGAGGUGCAGUAUUAUCAAUAUGCCCUCGACCUCGUCACCGAUGUCUUUGACAUGGACGUCGACGACGAUAUGCGCGUACAAAUCGAGAAGAGCGCGAGGCAUCUGUAUGGGCUGGUACACGCGCGGUACGUCGUGACUACUAGGGGUUUGGCCAAGAUGAUGGAGAAGUACAAACAAGGCGUUUUUGGCAAAUGUCCUCGCGUCAUCUGCGAGUCACAACACUUACUCCCCGUCGGCCAGCACGACAUUCCCAACGUGUCCACCGUGAAGCUGUACUGCGCCAAAUGCGAGGACAUCUACAACCCCAAGUCGACCCGGCACAACAGCAUAGAUGGCGCAUACUUCGGCACCAGCUUCCACAGCAUCUUGUUCCAGGUCUAUCCGGCGCUGAUGCCGCAGAAGACGCAGCGGAGGUACGAGCCGCGAAUCUAUGGGUUCCGGGUGCAUGCGUCGGCGGCCCUCAUGCGGUGGCAGGAGGAGCGCAGGGAGGAGAUGAAGGAGAGGUUA